CUCUCACACACACACACACACAACACACACCCACAUCCAGACUCACUGUUACAUUGAGUUGCUCUGCUCAGCCUCUCUCACUCUCUCUGGAGUCACCCACAGUGAAGGCGGCUCCGAGUCACUCGGCUGCCUUGCCACACGGGCUCAGUCACCCGCUCCAUGCACCAGUCCUCCCGCUAUAACCGCCUGACACGGAGCAAAUCACAACAAAAAGAAGGAAUCCCUUCACCAGAAGGACUUAAUCUGCUACCAAACCCAACAAGUUGUCGCCGGACCGUGGACAUGCUGCCCGAGUCUCUCUGGAUCCUUGCAAUCCUUUGUAUCUGUCAAAUGGAUGGGACAUAUGGAUUCUACAGACAGCACAAUAACUUCUUCGAUGAUGUGGAUUGGUCGUACACCGGUCACUUGAAUCAAAAGAACUGGGUGAAGAAAUAUCCAAGUUGCUCUGGUCCUAAACAAUCCCCCAUCAAUAUAGAUGAUGCUUUUACUCAAGUAAACAUUAAUUUUCGAAAGCUGCUAUUCGAAGGCUGGGAACAUGAAUCCAGUGGAAGUACAGUCAUUCACAAUAAUGGGAAAACAGUGGAAAUGAAUUUGACAGAUGAAUAUUACAUCAGUGGAGGUGGUAUGAAAUCCAGAUACAAAGCAGGCAAGAUAAUGUUCCACUGGGGCAAGUGUAAUGCAACAGAUGGAUCAGAGCAUACUAUAGAUGGACAAAACUUUCCGUUGGAGAUGCAGAUCUUUUGCUUUGAGUCAGAUCUUUUUGAAAGUUUUGAGGAUGCAGUGCAAGGACAAGGCAGUCUGAAGGCUCUAUCUGUCUUAUUUGAGAUUGGGCCAGAGAACAAUAUGGAUUACAAUAAUGUCAUACGUGGUGUGGAAACGGUUAGCCGAUAUGGAAAACGGGCUACGGUGGAGCCAUUCAUUUUACUGAACCUUCUUCCAAAUUCUACAGACAAAUAUUAUAGUUACAACGGUUCCCUUACUACACCUCCCUGUACAGAAAAUGUCCAGUGGAUUGUAUUUAAAGAAACUGUCCCCAUUUCUGAAAAUCAGCUGGAGAUAUUCUGUGAGGUGUUGACCAUGCAACAGUCCGGCUACGUUAUGUUGAUAGACUAUCUACAGAACAACUACAGGGAGCAGCAGUACCAAUUUGUUGGGCAGGUCUUUUCCUCAUACUCAGGCACAGAAGAGAUUCAUGAACCAGUUUGCAGUUCAGAACCCGAAAACCUCCAAGCCGACCCAAGGAAUAACACCUCUUUACUUGUUCUCUGGCAAAGACCCAGAGCAGUUUAUAGUGCUGUCCUUGAGAGAUAUGCAGUGUUCCAUCAACAAUUGGAUGGAGAAGACCAGACCAGAUACCAAUUCCUGACGGAUGAGGAUCAGGACAUGGGAGCCAUUCUCAGCAAUUUAUUACCAAACACAAGUUAUGUUGUUCAAGUGGUUGCUAUAUGUUCGGAUGGUCUGUACGGAAAGUACAGUGACCAACUGAUUGUGGACAUGCCCAUGGAAUUUGAAGACCCAGAUUUUGGUGCCUUUCUUAAUUUUAAUGACACAUUUGAUGACUUGGAGCCAAAAGAAAAUAAUCCAGAACAAACAGAACCAAUUUUACUCGAACCGUACACGGCUCCAGUACUUGACCACAAAUGGAAUGAGGAGAAUGUGGAAACAGAAAGUGUGAAGUCCAUAACUAUUAAUGACAAAGAACAGAACACAAAUGCUGUCCUUAAUGAAAAGUAUUUUGUCAAGGGGAAUGAGGAAAUAACCACAAAGGUUGCUGUUCCCGAUGUUAUUAUUUACCCAUCCUCCUUCCCUGUAGCUGAAACAACAUCCAAGGAGAUACGUGCUGCCCUGCAGCCUGAAACCAAAACCAUGGUCUCUUCAGUUCCUGAAAACUUGGACUAUUCUUCAGCGAUGGGAUCCCUGGAAUUGAAUGAAAUUUUCACCACUUCCCAGCAAACAAGAAUUCCAUUUACCUCCAAGGAAAUCCCAGACUUUAGUUCCAUUACAGAACCUGACAGUAUAUUCAGUGUAUAUACCAUCGACACCAGAAAUGUCCCUCAGCCUGUAACACCUGAAGAUGGUCUCACAAGUGGUUCAACUCCUAACUUGUUGUCUGAAACAACUAGAGUUGCACCUCGGAUGGAUUCUGGAACAAAGCAAAUGACAUCAACCAAUGAAACUAUUAAUUCAGAAGAACUCAACAUGGUCCCUGAUUCUGUCGUUUUUGCAACAACAAUCCAUCCUUCCAAUGACCACAUACUUGCAUCUAGUGAAAAGAUGUUUUCUGAAACUAUUCCUCCUUCUGACCAGGAGAUGUAUCUACACAGUACUCCAGAUUCCAUUGACAGGUUAAAUACCUUACCUAAAGAGAAGGAAAUCCAAGCUACCUCUCCUUACUCUACUGCUACAACUCCCAGCAGUGAGAUAACUAUGCAAGUGUCUGCUGCCCCUUUGCCAGCUCCUUCUGUGCCUUCCUCUGUCACACUGCUGAGUGAAAGUCAUGAUGCUGAAUUUUGGUCUUCUGGUUCAGAAGUUGAUUUGUCUGAGACAGAUGGUAGUGUUCCAGCAACAUUUUACCCCAAAUCUGAGGAAAAGGCAAUAACUCACAUAAAUGGGCAGAAAUUCAGCACUACAGAGGAGCAGAAUAGUCAGUAUCCCCAAAUCAUAUCAAGAUCACCUGCAUCUUCUGAAGAAAAGUCAUUCAUCACCACUCUUAACAUCAGUUUAACAGAUUCAGAUGUGGACAGAAAUCACUACAUGGCAACAACACUGACACCAAACGUAUCCACCGGAAAGCACAAAAGACCAACAAUAAUAGCGAGACACAAUUGGAGCACAACAGUAACUACGAAACCAUCCCCAUCACAAUCUAGGACUAGCGCUUUCCUGACCAUUGAAGAGGAGAGUGGUUCUGGCCAGAGUGCAUCUGAUAGUCUAACUGUUAAUGAAACUUCAGUGGUGUUAAGUUCCCUCGAGAAUAAUUAUAGAGCAUUAGACAGUACAACAGGCACAGGUAAAGCAGCAGAACCAAGGACGUCACUGCCUUCAGCUCCAUCUAUAACUAGUGGGCUUGAAACAACUUUAUUCAACGUUUAUGAGGCAGAGGCCAGUAACAGCAGCCAUGAGUCUCGUAUAGGUUUGGCAGUUGGUUUAGAGACAGAAAAAAAGGCAAUUAUCCCUCUUGUGGUGGUGUCAGCUCUCACCUUCCUAUGCUUGAUGUUGCUGGUAGCUAUCCUUAUAUACUGGAGGAAAUGCUUUCAGACUGCCCAUUUUUACCUGGAAGAUAAUGCUUCACCAAGAGUGGUUUCUACUUCACAAUCGCCAGCUCUACCUAUUUCAGAUGAAAUGGGAGCAAUUCCAAUCAGGCAUUUUCCAAAGCACGUUGCAGAACUUCAUGCAAAUAAUGGAUUUUCUGAAGAAUUUGAGAAACUGAAAGCAUUUUACGAGGAAGUCCAAGGAUGCACUGUUGACUUAGGAAUCACGUCAGACAGCUCCAACCACCCAGACAACAAAAACAAGAACCGCUAUAUAAAUAUAGUUGCUUUUGACCACAGCAGAGUUAAACUGUCCCCACUUACGGAAAAGGACUCCAAGCCCAGUGAUUACAUCAAUGCUAAUUAUGUUGAUGGUUACGACAGGCAGAAAGCCUACAUAGCAGCUCAAGGGCCACUUAAAUCUACAGCUGAAGAUUUCUGGCGGAUGAUAUGGGAGCAUAAUGUGGGAGUUAUUGUUAUGAUCACCAACCUGGUGGAAAAGGGGAGGAGGAAAUGUGAUCAGUAUUGGCCGUCAGAAACCAGCGAAGAAUACGGAAACAUUCUUGUCUCACUGAAGAGCACAAAAGCGUUGUCUUAUUACACCGUUAGACAGUUUUCCAUUCGCAACACAAAGUUUAAGAAGGGAUCACAGAAAGGAAGACAGAAUGAUCAUACAGUGACCCAAUAUCAUUACACUCAAUGGCCUGAUAUGGGUGUUCCAGAGUAUGCUCUUCCUGUGUUGACGUUCAUACGACACUCAGCAGCUGCUAAGACCAAUCUUAUGGGACCUGUCGUUGUUCAUUGCAGCACCAAGGCUCAUCACACACCUGUGGAUAAGAUACCAACAGUUAUGAAAACUGCUAAUCAACUAUGGGCUCUUUUUGUUUUCAUUCUUGGGAUUGCUGGUGUUGGAAGAACAGGCACAUAUAUCGUAAUAGACAGCAUGUUACAACAAAUCAAGCACAAAGGCACCGUCAAUGUGCUGGGAUUUCUCAAACACAUCAGAACACAAAGGAAUUAUUUAGUCCAAACAGAGGAGCAGUACAUCUUCAUUCAUGAUGUCCUGGUGGAGGCCAUCUUUAAUAAAGAUACAGAAGUUUCUGCCAAUCAUUUAUCUGCCUAUGUCAAUGCUCUACUGACACCUGGGCCUUCAGGGAAGACAAAUCUAGAGAAGCAAUUCAAGUUGGUAAGCCAGCCUCAUGCCAAGCAGUGCGAUUACUCUGCAGCACUAAAGCAGUGCAAUAGAGACAAGAAUAGAAAUUCCUCCAUCAUUCCUGUGGAGAGAUCAAGAGUUGCACUCUCAACAUCGACUGCAGAGGGCUCUGAUUACAUCAAUGCUUCUUACAUUUCGGGAUUUCAUCAAAGUAAUGAGUUCAUCAUUACCCAACAUCCAAUGCCACAUACCACAAAGGACUUUUGGAAAAUGAUAUGGGACUACAACGCUCGAAUUAUUGUCAUGCUACCAGAUAACCAAGGGCUGACUGAGACUGAAUCUGUGUACUGGCCAAGGAAAGAAGAACCCAUGAAUUGUGAAGCAUUUACAGUGAGCCUGAUCAACCAGAGCCAUCUCUGUCUUUCCAACGAGGAACAGCUCGUCAUCCACGAUUUCAUUCUGGAAGCAACCCAGGAUGACUUUGUGCUUGAAGUGAGGCACUACCAGUCUCCAAAGUGGCCAAAUCCAGAUGGUCCUAUAAGAAAAACCUUUGAGCUCCUCAACAUAAUACAAGAAGAAGCUGCUACUAGGGACGGGCCAACAAUUGUCCAUGAUGAACAUGGUGGAAUAACAGCUGGUACCUUCUGUGCUUUGACUAAACUGAUGCAUCAGCAUGAGAGUGAAAACUCAGUGGAUGUUUACCAAGUGGCUAAAAUGAUUAAUUUAAUGAGGCCUGGUGUCUUCACUGAUAUUGAUCAGUUCCAGUUUUUAUACAAAGCUGUCCUCAGCCUGGUCAGCACAAGAGAAGAUGAAAGCCCUGCAACUACAUUGGAAACCAAUGGCCUGGUCAUGUCUGCCAAUGACUGUAAUGGAGCAGAAAGCAUGGAAUCUCUGGUGUAACAGUGCAAGAAAUAUCUUCAACAACACAGGAGAAAAACACAAUCCUAUUUAAUAUCUUGUUAACUAUACAGGUAUCCAUUGUAAAAUCCUGGUAUCCAUUUUGUGGCACCAGUGGACAUUGACCUGUGGGUGCCUUUAUAUAAAAAAAAUUGUGAGCAGAAAUUGUUGUGCGGUGUGUGAAUGUCCCAUUUGCAUCACGCUGGCCUGGCUGAUGUUCGCUGUAGCAUGUUCAGUGUCAAGUCCCAUGGUCUGCUUCCAGUCUUUAUCAGAGUUAGUGUUGGGGGGAGGGGGGUGGGAGGAUGUAUCCAUGACAGUGUCUUCUAAAGAGGUUUCCAAAAGAUAAUAUUGACUGCAACAUCAAUGGUUACUAGAGUGCUGCUGCCUAAGACUUUUCUCUCUGUUUUCCAUGAUGUCAACACCUUUUAAAGACCAACAUUCAGCAGUGCCCAAGCAAGAUACUGAAUGUACAGAAAUAAGUUUCAGCAUUGAUUAAGUCUGGAUAAUGUGGACGUCAUAUUGUUAAAGAAAGAAAAUUAAUCUUCUAAUACAUAAUGUAAAUAGUAGAACAAUGAACCUGUCCAUGGACCAAAUUUCUAUUUAUAAUUCUAGAUUUUUAUAUUUUACUACAGAGUCUUUUCUAGUCUUUUUUGAUGUUCUGACUACAUGGUUGUUGUAGCUGGCAUUUUAUUAAUGUUUAAAUAUGUCUGUUUAAUUCAGCUUUGAUUCUAAAUCUCAUGUCAGAUGUUUAUUAAUGACUUAUUUGAUGUGAUUUUACAAAUAACGGCAUGCAAUUUUAACACUACUUGUGCAACAGGAAUAGUAAGUUCUAGACAGAAUUUUCAGAGAAAAGAUCCAGAUGAUGUGUAAUUUGGUUAUGACUGAUAUUUUUACAUUAUGGCUACUGCAGAAGAAUUAAAAUAUAAGGUUUAUCAUCUGAUUAGUACUGGCUGCCAUUAUUGGGGAUGUGCCAAUAACUAUGUGAUGCACAUCUGUCAACAUUUUUGGAGUUCAAGAUUAACUUCCAGCUCUGCAGAAGCUUUGGAACAUCUCGACUUCUAAAAGCACCUGCCCAAUAUCAGUGCUGCGUUUAAUGUCUGAUCAAAAUACAGAAUUAAAAAUGUCAAUUACAAUAAUGAAACUCUGGAACGAAAAAUAUUAAUAAAAUAAUCUUUUUGUACUAUGUAAAUACCGUUUGGAGUUUAACUUUGUUACGGGCAGGAGGGGGAUUAAUUUAAGCAGCCCUAAUAUCUCCUUUCACUACCUGUCUGUAAAGAGAAAGGUGUUUUUGAUUUCUGAUUCCCCCCUUUAUAAGUGGUAGUUUUCUCAACCCUUCAGUUUGGAGUGAUCCAAACCUCCAAACCCUACAGCAAACUCGAUAAGGUAAAGUAAGAAGGUGUGUUUAUUUCACACACAAAACAUGGGAAGGGGUUUCACAACAUCCGCCACUUUUUGCGUACAAUAAAAGAGGGAUAAGGGAAAGAAAGGGUA